AGCGACAGAAAGUAGGUUAGCCAAACCACCGUCACCUCAACACAGUAUCUGAUAACAUAAUGAUAGCGAUAACACCUGAUCGCGACAUACGAAUAAUCCCGAAGAACAAAUGAUUAAUAGCGCUCCAAGAAUAGGCGCGCCCAUAGUUCAGGCCAAAAGAUUUAACGAUAAAGUUAGUGUUGAUAAAUGUCGAAUGGUUAAUUCUGAGCAGUUGCAUCACUCGGAGGAGACGCACGCGCACGGUCGGCGACAUACACAAACAAUCUCUGAGGUGGAACGACCGCUCUUUGUUUUUACUCGAGUUUCAAACAAGAUCUUGGAUAUGUGAAGGCGGAACACCAAAAUGGCUCUCUCGACAAAUUGCUGGAAAUAUCUUGUGUUAACUUUCAAUGUUUUGUUCGCGAUGUCAGCAGUGGUCUUGUUUGGCGCGAGCGGCUACCUGCUAUACAGGUUGUUCGUGUAUCGGCACUUCAUCGGAGUCAAUGUGGAGUAUCCAGCUAUCCUGCUCCUGAUGAUGGCCAUCAUCACAUGCUCUAUAGCGUGGAUUGGGUGGAGGACAGCCAAGUCCUUGCAUCAGAUCCAUGUCAUAUUGACUGGCGUCCUCAUCGUGAUAGUGGUGGUGGUGGAAUUCUCGUGCUUCGUGUGGGCCAUGGUGGUGUGGGACAGCGUGGACAUCGACAUUAAGAACUCCAUGACGGGGUACUUCAACCAGAUGCUGGCCGCCAACCAGCCGGAGUCUGCUGACGCUAUAAGAUGGGAUAGACUUCAUGUCAAGUUCGAAUGUUGUGGCGUGGGUGGGCCCAACGACUUUGGAAAGAAGGGCGCAGUCCCCUUCUCCUGCUGCGGGCAGGGGCCCCUGGACGCCCAGUUCAAGCCGUACACGGCCGACUGCUCCGCCAUGUUCCAGAGAGGCUGUGGGAAGCCCCUGCACGAUUAUGCCAGGGAACACCUUAUGUACAUCGCUAUGACUGCGCUGGUCGCUUCUGUGUUGCAGAGUACCGGGAUCUUCUGCACGUUCUUCUUGGCCCAAGCCAUCCACAAGAGGCGCCGGGCUUCCAUUCGGGCCAGCACCAUGCGAGAGUCCACCUUCUCAGCGCCUGACGACUCGCUUCUCUCUCCCACCGCUCCUGCCGCGACCUUGCCAAAGUAUUAAGUUUUUGACAGUAAACUGACAGAUGGAGCUGGUCCAGAUGAUGCGUUUUUGUUUUGCCGCUCGUGCGUUUUGAAAAUGAACCUCACAAUCGGGCGAGUAAAAACGCGUCAUCUGGAACAGU